AUGGAAGUUCACUUCGAAGAAGACGGAGAGUGUACAGCUGGCCACCUGAAGGCUAUUGAUGGCACUUUCGUUCUGAAAGAUACAGUUCUGUUGGAGUUCAAAGUUAAUGGAGAAGUCGUUGGCAAAGUCAAGACGCCAUGUGAUGGCGUUGUCUCGUUUGGCAAGGGACUGAAGCCAGGUGUUCUAUUGGCUAAGGGGCAAGUGAUUGCUGUAAUGGCUGAAUGUCGUCAUGAUAUUGUGAUCAAAGAUAUGUGCGGAGAUUGUGGAAAAGAUUUGCGCGAGAAAGGAGGAAGAGCUGGGCAACGAAAAGAGCAAGCAACCGCGAAUGUGUCUAUGAUUCAUCACGUUCCGGAGUUGAUUGUGUCGGAUUCUCUAGCCAAGGAAAUUGGUUCGGCAGACGAGACAAAUUUGAUCACCACCAGAAAGUUAGUUCUCCUCGUUGAUCUCGAUCAAACAAUCAUUCACACAUCAGAUAAACCAAUGUCUGUAGACGCCGAGAAGCACAAGGAUAUCACCAAAUACAAUCUGCACUCGCGUGUCUACACCACGAAGCUGCGUCCACAUACCACCGAGUUUUUGAACAAAAUGUCAGCGAUGUACGAGAUGCAUAUUGUGACAUACGGACAGCGUCAGUAUGCUCAUAGGAUUGCUCAAAUCCUAGAUCCAGAUGCUCGUCUUUUUGGUCAGCGAAUUCUUUCCCGAGAUGAAUUGUUCUCAGCUCAACAUAAGACUAGAAACUUAAAAGCACUUUUUCCAUGUGGUGACAAUCUUGUUGUCAUUAUUGAUGAUCGCGCUGACGUUUGGCAGUAUUCUGAAGCUCUAAUUCAAAUCAAGCCGUAUCGUUUCUUCAAAGAAGUUGGAGAUAUCAAUGCACCAAAAAAUUCGAAAGAGCAAAUGCCGGUUCAAAUUGAAGACGACGCUCAUGAGGAUCGAGUUCUCGAAGAAAUUGAAAGAGUACUGACCAAUAUUCAUGAUAAGUAUUAUGAGAAACACGAUUUGAGAGAUGCGGAGCAACCAUUGCUUGAUGUGAAGGAAGUUAUCAAGGAUGAACGACAUAAAGUUCUCGAUGGUUGUGUUAUCGUGUUCUCAGGAAUUGUUCCAACUGGUGAGAAGCUUGAACGAACCGACAUAUACCGUCUGUGCAUGCAGUUUGGAGCCACCAUCGUUCCAGAGGUUACCGAUGAAGUCACACAUGUCGUUGGUGCUCGAUACGGAACACAAAAAAUCCAUCAAGCUCAUCGUCUCGGGAAGUUUGUCGUUACUGUGCAGUGGGUAUAUGCUUGUGUUGAAAAGUGGAUGAAAGCGGAUGAGAAGCAGUUCGAAUUGACGAAAGAAAGUACUCCACCAGUUGGACGUCCACUUGGAUCCAAGUAUGUCAGUGAUCUGUCUAAUAUGGAUACAAUCGGAAAGGCUGCAUUGGCGGAUAUGAAUAAUGAAGUUGACGAAGCUCUGUCUGAUGAAGACGAAGGUGAGGGAGAUGAUGAUGAUUCUGAUGAGCCAGAACGUCAAGAUGAGGAUGAAAUGAAACAGGAAAAAGGAAGCGAGGAGAAAAAGGAAGAAAUUGAAAGAAAGAUAGAGAAAACGGAUGAAAAAGAGAAGAAGGAAGAAAUGAAGGAAAAAGACAACAGGGGACAGAAAAGAAAAUAUUGCCCAGAAAUGGAUGAUGGGGAAGAGGAGUCGGAUUCGGAAGAGGAAGACGAUGAGGCUCCAAUGUCAUACAAGGCUCUUCUAUCCAGAUCUCGUAAAGAAGGAAGGAUCGUUCCUGAAACCGAUGAAGAUGAAGUUUAUGACGUGGAUGAUGAGAAGGGUCAUGUCGCUCCAACAAACAUGGAAGAUGAUGACAACGAAGAAGAUGAAGACCUUCCAGAUUCAGAUGACGAUGAUGAGUUUGAAGACAUGGCUGCUCUGAUCGAACGUCAGAUAAGCGAUGCUGCCGAUGAAAAGGACAACGAGAUGGAUUGA